ACCAACUGGAAAGAGCAAAGGAAAACCAACACAAACCAGGGCCAACUCUUGUGGGGCCUAUGUGUCUUUUAGAAUAAUAAGAGAUGCUGCAUUUACAGGUGCUGUUGUGAACAAAAUGUUAAAACACCAUGGACAUGAUGUUGACAUUCAAGAAGAGGGUGUAAAAAACCCUGUUGACCCAGAGCUACUAGGUUUCAUUGAAAUGUGGCUUGAGCAGGGACUGUCAGUUUCUGAAACACUUUUAAAGAGUGUUGAUUGGGCAGAACGUCAUGGACAUGUAGACAAACACAAUCGUCGUUAUUAUGUUACACCAGAAGACAUAAGAACAAUCAAAAAGAGCAUAAAUGCACUAUUUUUUCCUGACGUGAAUGAUAGUGUCAGUGUGGAUAUUCUAGCCACAUCAGAGCUGAAAGAAAACAUUUCUUUUUAUCAGCCUUUAAGUGAAGAAAAUCCAUUGAUAAUUGUAGUGCAGACUCCCUGGCAAAAAGAACUCCUGAAAUUACAUCCACAUCCCAUGAUGUUCAUGGACGCCACCUACAAAAGCAUAACUUCGUAUGGCUAUGCAUUCUAUGCACUUCUUCUGAGCAACAGCAUUGGUAGAGGAGUUCCAUUUGCAUACUUCAUAGUCAGUGAGGAAUCAGCAGCCACACUCUCUCUCUGUCUAGAAAAGCUUUCUAGCUCUAACCCUGGUUUUUAUCCCAGGUCAGUGAUGGUUGACAAGGACCUAAAAGAGCUCAAGGCAAUAGCACAGGUUUUUCCUUCAGCAAAGGUCCUCAUAUGCUGGUUUCAUGUUCUGCAGGCAGUACACAGGUGGUUGGUAAAGAGAGAUGGAGGAAACCUUCCAGUGGACCAAAGAAACAUGGUCAUUCAGGCAAUGGCAGCAAUGAAGGUGUGCCUAACGGAAGAGGAGUUCAUCAACACAGCCGACGUAAAAUGCAAGGAGCUGGAUUCCUACCUUGGCAGUUCACAUGUAACCGCCUACUUGAAGCCUCAGUGGAUUUCUUGUGGACAGCUGUGGUCCAAUUUUGGCAGGUCAUUCAGUCAUGAGAACAGUGAAACCAACAACAAAGCAGAAAGAUUCUUCCUUACAAUUAAAUAUCAGUUUCUAAAGGGAAACACAAACCGGCGGAUUGAUCAGCUGCUUCGCUUGCUGUGUGGAGAUCUCCAGAAAUAUUAUUGUUACAUGGAAGACUUGGCAGAAAUUGGACGGAUCAAGGGAGCCAACACUGAAGACUUUUCUAAUGCUGUCAAAAGUAUGAUUGAGAAAGGGCUUGAUUCAAAAUGUACAAUUAAUGAAAAUGGAACAUAUGUUGUUCCACCUGAUACAGGUGCACAGAAUAACACAGUUGAUUUGGUGAUGGUUAAAUGUGACUGCAGAAGAUCCAAAAGUGGUGCCAUGUGUAAACACAUUGUUUUCUCAAAAACAGUUGCACAGCAACAAGGAAUAGACAUUCAGGACAUCAGGAAUUCUGUUGCUAAAAAAAUAAUUAGCAGUCAUUCAUACUUUUCAGAUGAGGAAACCCUCACAGUCUUUCACAGUGAUGGGAGUUCAGGAACUAUAAAUCACAGAAGUUCAAACUUGUGUACAUGUGUAGCAAAUAGUUAUGGUGAGAAAUGUGUCUGUGUUUUGGUUCGUAGCAUCCUCUUCUUGGCGCAGACACCUUGUGAGCUGAUCUCAAAUGAUCCAGUUUGCCACAAAACACCCAUGAUAAAGUCAAAGGCUGACUUGCAGACCAUGCUAACAGACCUUAUUAAAUGGAGUCAAUCAGACAAGUACACUAAGAAUGAAGAACUGUACAAGACAGUCGAGAGGGCACAUAAGCUUGUUUUUACAAACUUUUGUAGUCUGUCUAGAAAAAGAAGAACAACAGCACUACAUGCCUAUCGGCAAAGGAUAAAGAAAGCACAAAAAGCUGUCACUAUGAAUUACAUUUGUAAACGGAAAAGCAGAGGGAAAAAAAAAAAAUAGUAAAAUUGAGCUAAAUGUAAAAAGAGUUUUCUCCAUCUUCAAGCUGCUCUUUAGGAGAUACAAGGUUUUAACAUUGUAAUAAUAUGCAAGUGGUUUACAAUGAAUGUUGAUGUCAAGUUCUUGAGACACUUUAAUGAGAUGUAUAGAAUGCAUUAUCUGUCAAUUGUAAUUGUUUUAAGUUAAUAACUACCACUGUCAGAAAUAUAAGAAGCCCUCUUUCUAUUGCAGUAUUUGAAAAGAAAAAGAGGCAAACGUGUUAGAAUCAUAAGAUGUUUUCAACAAAUGAUAAUGAAAUUCCUGUAAGUUAACUAUGAGCUGCUAAUUUAUAGUUGAGUUGAGAUUCUCUUUUAAAAACAUCUGCAAAACCCCCAAGUAGUCAACUUUGUAAUUGCAUAGAAUUGUACAAUGUACUUGUUUUGGAAAUACCUUGAUUUAGAUGAGUUUUCAUAAUUCCUACUGUGUGGAGUACCACAAUUGUGUCAUGUUUGGAUUUACUGAGAAGCUCUUUCAAAUGUAUUUGAUUUGUUUAUUUGAUUUACCAACUGCUUCACACUGGGAUUCUCCAAUAUGGUGGAAAAAUAAAAUAAACAAAUAAUAAAAA